AUGCCCUACCUCGAAAUGCUAAUAACGCCAGUUAGAAGUAAAAAUUGGAGGUAUAAAGCAGAUGUGUGCUGGUUUAGUCUUUGGGUGGGUGUUGCUUCCUUGUUACUAAAUUUGGUUGCCGGUUCUAUCGAUGUUAACGAGUAUCUUGGGAAUAGUGAAACUGAAAGAGAAAUUGCAUAUAAAGAAGUGAGCUGGUCUGAUUCAAAGAAUAUUCUCAACACUCUGGAUAGUGUUGGGUUGAGUUUUUCGCCACCCGAUCACGCCGUACAAAUUAGAGAAUACACCACUCCCAAGACCCAACGAGGUGCUUAUAAAGGGUUUCCGAGUAGGUUCAUUCCGGUUUUAAGUCCUUGUUAUGUGAUAUACCAUUUAGAUGCCAGUGUUUCCUUUAGACUACCGGUUUAUCACAGUCUAGAAGUCGCCAAGGCGGCUUUAGGAGUCUUAAGAAGGAUUGCUGUUAUUAACACUCUUAAGGCUACAGUUAAUUGUGCAUGGAAUCCGGCAGUUUAUCAACAGACGACUUUACAAAUUAUAUCUCGAGUUGUUAACAUGCUUAAUUGUAGAUUUCUGGCGAUGACUUUAAAUGUUACUUCUAAACCGGGUGAAGAUACUGAACCUGCCAUUGACAUAGAUCUUGAUGCUUCUCGUGUGGAAGGUCGGGACGCAUUCGAGCAGAUGCAGUAUAUGACACCAGACCAUUGUUAUUUUCGUCUUCACUUAGACAGUUACAUCCCUCUAUUAUUGCGUCCUGGUGUUAUCAUUUGGCGAGAAAUAUCAGUCCUUAUUGUACACGAUCUCGGCCUUAAAAACACACACAUGUUUACCUACUUGCCGCUCCAUGAUAAAUAUGAACUCCAUGUUCAAGUCACACCGGAUAAUGACCAUCUUGAUCUUAGAUUUCUUAAUCUUAAUUCAAGUAAAUGUGCCAAGGUUUCUAUUUAUGGCAUAGCUAGUCCAGAUUUAGUAGUUACCGGCCUUGAGAAUGCUAUUGCUAAGCAUUCGGCCAUAAUACUACAGACGACCUGGGACAUAGCUCUAUCUUUAGGCCGGCACGGUAAGUGUUCAAUUCAAGUUGCUACUAUUCGUGGUAUGGAAGUCUGUCUAGAGUCUAACUCAAUAAUAGAGAAAGCCUUUGGAAAAGCAGCGCCGCCUAAACCUUGGAUUUCAGCGACUGUGUUUUAUUCAGAGAUCGCCACUAACAUGCCAUGUGGUUCCAUGGCGUUGUACAAGAGUCUUUACACUAAAGCUGCCCUUGCUCGACUUGGGAUCGAGGUCAAAGCAAUUACACUUGUCUAUCAAAUCCAGCGAAAAGACUUACAUCAAACCAUAAAAACACUACACCAAAUCAAUGCAUUAUCGACCAUUCCUGCGAAGAUUCAGAACGAUGACAUUGUAUGUCAAGGCGACUCACUUAACGAUCUUAGUUGGAGGCUUCAAGAGCCUGUUAAAAUCCAGCUUAACUAUUCGAACUUCAAUACUCACAUUAACCUCUACAAACAAGCCAAUGGCCAGACUUUCUGCCGGCAUCUAAACUAUAGCACCCUUGAAAUCGAUGGCUCUGGAUGUAUGAAAUGCGAACAGGCUUACAGGUACUAUACGAUUAUGUACCUUCUUCGUACUAUCUAUGCACAAAAGCUUAAAAUCACAAAUAUCCGCGCCACUAGUCAAUCCAGUACCCAAUUUAAUGCGGUUGUUCUACAGAAGGAGCUCGCCCAAUUACCUAAGUGGCAACUUUAUGUUAAAACUAUAGUAUUAGACAAUGUUGACGAAUACAUUAUCUACUGGAUGCUAGGCCAUUACGAACUUGCUAUUCCUACCGAAAUACAUAUUAUAAACCAGAAGUUUGCCAAUCUUGCUAUUGCUCAAAUCCUAACUCAUCCCGCAUUUAAUAACAUCACUGCCCUCGUGCUCAAUGAGUUACUUACAUUAAAUGAAGUCAUACUAUUUGACCGACGAGAAGAGGUAAAGGAAUUCUUGCUGUUUAACUAUGUAGACGAAAAGCUGAAAGAUAUCAACUCUAUUUAUGACCUUAGAUUGUACAAACUCUGUUUCGAACUGGAUAACGCUAGCUACAGCUUGGCCACAAAUGCUCUGUGGAAGUUUGUAGCCUAUGGCAUUUCUCUUCCGACCAUGGUAUUUGAUGCAUAUCUAUCGUGGGCUUCAAAUAACUACAUACCACCCAUUCCGAUCAGUAAAAGGUGGUUUAGUCUUUACAAUGCCACUUUAAAUUCCUUAAAGUCCGACUUCAUUAGCUGCGAGGCUACAUCUAUAGCUUAUGGCAACCAAAGUACGUCUUUGUCGCUGUCAGAGUCUUUGUUACCUAAGAUUUCCAUUAAGCAGUUGCUCUUGCGCUUCAGUGACGACCAGUUCUUAACUGAGGCGGAUAUAGUGACUAUUGUUCGAUGGGUGCCAUACCGAUUUAAAGGCAUCGUUGUAUUACGAUUGGUAAAUGUUAAGUUAGCUAAGCCGGAGCGAGAAGUCCUAACACUACGCAACUACCUGGUUGCUGAUCUAAUCGGAAUUAAGACUCUUCAAAUAGAGGAUGCCGACUUGGAGAAGCCGUCUAUCAAUUUAUUGUCUCAACGUUAUUGCAAUGGCUUGCUAGUCAAUGUUCCCAACCCCGAACAAGAAUUCACUAUAAUAUCAAUGGCAAUGCUAUUGCACCUUAUUGCCCAGGCAAAUGAAUUUCAGACGCUUAUUCCCAGCCAAAUUGGUCCUAAAGCUUCUUUGAAAAUGAUCAUAGAUAAGAUUCAGAAUGACGUCACUGGCUUGCAUGCGAUUUUUUGCCCUAUUUGCCUCCAAGUCCUAGGGGUGCCUCAAGGAGCCGAGGUUGAGCCCUAUGCUGAACUCGUGAAGGAUGUUGAGAACCCUAACUAUUCGCUUGGUUUGAACUACCGCUCUAUGGCGGUUUGUUAUUUCGAGUGCGGGCAUCUAACUUGUGGGCAGUGUCUUAAUGGGCUCAGAGACAUCAAUGUGUGUCCAGAAUGUCGGAAAACAAAUAUCCUGGCAAACCCGCAUCGGCUUAUGAGCAUGCCUCUAUCUAACUUUGUAUUUCUGGAAGAUAGUGCUAGUGUGUUUAGUACAACCCAAAAAAGAUACGAGUCUAUGGCUUUGGGCGAUGGCCACGUCUAUUUAUACUUCGCCUACGACCAGGUAGAUGAUCUUAUCAAUGACCUUCCUGCCGGAAGAACUUAUGAUACUAUUCCCUUAACCUACAUCAUUUGA